CAGACUACACUAACACCGCUGAAAAACAAUCAGGCGCGAAAGUCAACAAAUGAUGUGCAGUAGUGAAAGGGUCUCGAUUGCCAUUGCGAUUGCAUGCAUGAGCUUUCUCUCCGGCGCUAUCAGUGGUGCAAUUGCUACAGUUCCUGAAUUGGGAUCCUCUCGUGUAGUCUUUCAGACAAAUUAUGGGGACAUUGAGUUUGGUUUCUAUCCUAGCGUUGCACCAAAGACCGUUGCACACAUUUUCAAGCUUGUUCGGUUGGGAUGCUAUAACACCAACCAUUUCUUCCGGGUAGAUAAGGGGUUUGUUGCUCAGGUGGCUGAUGUUACUGGAGGAAGAACUGCUCCAAUGAAUGAGGUCCAGAGGUUGGAAGCUGAGAAAACUAUUGUUGGUGAAUUCAGUGACGUCAAACACGUCAGAGGUAUUCUUUCUAUGGGAAGAUAUUCUGACCCAGACAGUGCCCAGUCCUCAUUCUCAAUACUCCUUGGAGAUGCCCCUCACCUUGAUGGCCAGUAUGCAAUAUUUGGUAAAGUCACUAAGGGUGAUGAAACAUUGAGAAAACUCGAGCAAGUUCCUACCCGGACAGAAGGAAUAUUUGUAAUGCCAACUGAGCGGAUCACUAUUUUAUCCACAUACUAUUAUGAUACUGAAGUGGAAACUUGUGAGGAAGACCGGUUGAUAUUGAAGAGGAGGCUUGCUGCAUCUGCUGUUGAAAUUGAAAAACAGAGAAUGAAAUGUUUUCCGUAACCUAGCAAGAGCCUAAGGCCAAGAUGAACGCGUUGCUUUGCAGUAGUCAGAAAACGUUUCUGCGUCAGACGCUGCAGGGGAAACACACCACAUGGUUGAAGAUGAUAUAGCUGACUAUAUGGUUUUGAGUUGCCAUUGUGUGUUUUAGGUGUAGGUGUGUGUGUGUGUGUCUGUGGUGGUUGGGUU